AUGCGCUGCGUGGGCAGCGUCCUCACUGGCUUGUCCCUGGCGGAUAGCGACGUUAACCUCGACGCCUUCAUUGAGGCAGUCAAUGGUGUGGCAAAGGAUUGUCGCCUCAGUCUGGGUGUACCCGGAGCAGCUAAGAAUACUUUGGCAGCGCAGCAGUCAGACGAUCCGACUGCGUUUGAAAAUGCGCACACCCCCGUCUUCGUUGAGCUGUACAAACCGGGUUUCGGUUCACUGCUGCUGGAAAUUUUGCAAAUUCUUCGGGCGGCUGCAACGAAUUCUCCUUCAAGUACGGAUGCCAAGGAUGGACUUCCACCCUUCCCUUCUAUACUUAGGUACUUUGAUUGUUUAUGUUUUCUACUCGUACACUGGUUAGGCCUGAGGACCGAAGUUCAGAAAAAGUGCAGCCACGAACAAAUAAGUCUACCAAUAGCCGCCCCUAUCACACUGCGUCCAACAUGA